AAAAAAAUGACAACUAAUUCGCCAAAUUCAGGACCAAUUCGUUCAAUUAAAGUGGUUGUUGUCGGCGAUGGAACAGUAGGCAAAACAUGUCUAUUGAUAAGCUAUACGAGCGGAAAGUUUCCGACCGGAGAAUACAUACCAACAGUAUUUGAAAACUAUGCGGAAAGUCUAGUUUGCGACGGCGUUACCGUUAACCUAACCCUCUGGGAUACGGCCGGUCAGGAGGACUAUGAACGACUUAGACCGCUAUCCUAUCCCGGGGCCGAUAUAUUUUUGUUAUGUUUUUGUGUGGAUAACAUACACUCCUAUCAGAAUAUGCUAUCCAAAUGGCAGCCAGAGAUCAAACAUCAUUGUCCGAAAACACCGUACAUACUGGUCGGUACCAAAACAGAUCUCCGAUAUUCAAAUCUAUUGAAUAAUAGUCACAUCGAUCUGACACAACAACAACCAGCACAGGACACCACCACCACCAGUAACACUACCAGUGCUAGCAAUGGUAGUGGCGGUAAUGUUAGUGGUGAUGUUGACGGAUCUGCUACCGGUCCCGGUAGCAAACGCUACAUUACCAAAGCUAUGGGCAAAAAGUUGGCCAAAAAAAUCAAUGCCUCCAAAUAUAUUGAAUGUUCGGCAAUGACAAUGUCGGGUGUGACCGAAGUAUUUCAAGAGGCAGUUCGUAUAGUUUUAAACCCGUCAAACACCCAUAAGCACUGUCUUAUCGUCUAAAAUAUAU